AGAAGACCAAAUUCAUCCCGGGCCAAUUUGGACUUCGGCACGUAAGGGUUAAGGGCCUUAAGGCCUACCAAAAUUUGCCGAAGUGUGUCCUAAGUUUUAUGAAAACAACUUUAGAUCGGCCCAAAAUAUCAUAAAACUGCUGCUCGUAGCGUCUUCAUCGACGACCGACGUACCGCUGCGACUCACCCCGCCCAACGGCCACCCGCACCGGGCACGACUUAGCCAGCAGAGAAUAUUUGGGUUGCAUAACUAUUCAAGAUGACAAGUGAAGAAGUUGGACAAGAGCAAGACAAUUCGUUCCCCGAUGGCUUCAAUUCGAAUUAUCUCAAAGUUUAUUAUGGAAAGCUUUUUCCAUAUGUUGAUAUGUUUAAAUGGCUUUCUUAUGGAAACGAUGGAAAGCAUCCUGGAUGUGACCAGUCAUACUUCGGACGUAGAGAAUUUUCAUUCACUUUAGAUAAUAACAUAUAUCUGCGGUUUCAAUCAUUCAAUAAUGCUUAUGAUUUGGAAAAAUCCAUCAAGGAGAAGUGUCCGUUCAAAAUUGACAUUGGAGCUGUUUAUAAUGUGGAUCCAGCAAAAAGGCACGCCUAUGCACAAGGCGAUAAUAGCUUCAUGCCGAUUGAGAAGGAGCUGGUCUUCGAUAUAGAUAUAUCAGAUUAUGAUGAUGUCAGGUAUUGCUGCAAAGAAGCUAAUACUUGCUCUAACUGCUGGACACUGAUGACAGUUGCUAUUAAAGUCAUUGAUACUUCUCUCAGAGAGGACUUUGGUUUCAAUCACAUUCUCUGGGUUUACAGUGGUCGGCGUGGUGUCCAUUGUUGGGUAUGUGAUGUAAAAGCUAGAAGGUUGAAUAAUGAACAAAGGGCUGCUGUAGCUGAUUACUUUCGUGUCUACAAGGGAAACGAGAAUAGCAAUCGAAAAGUUUCUCUCAUGGGUCCAACACUUCAUCCUUUCCUCGUGAGAUCAUACACAGAUGUCUUGAAGGAUUUUUUUGAGAAAAGACUGCUUCUAAGUCAAAAUUUGCUCUCAAGCCAGGAAAGAUGUGAGGAGAUGCUGAAAUUGAUUCCUGAUGAGAAUAUUGCAUCUGAACUCAGAUCAAGGUGGCAGGAAAAUAAACGUGUCAAAGAGGAUAUUAAUGUUUACAGAUGGGAACAACUAAAACACCUGCUACAAUCUGGUAAACACAAGGCCCAGGGGAUUCGCAGGUGUGUUGAAGAGAUUGUGUUUUCUUUCGCCUACCCCAGGCUUGAUAUGGAGGUUUCAAAAAAAUUGAAUCAUUUAUUGAAAGCACCAUUCUGCGUGCACCCCCAAACAGGCCGUGUCUGUAUUCCUAUUGACCCCAAUGAAUGUGAGGAAUUUGACCCCUCUGCUGUGCCAACUCUUUCACAACUUCUUGGAGAACUUAACAGGGGAGGCUCUAGAGCUGAGAUGAACAAUGCUCCAGAAUGGGAUGGAACCUCACUCGGGAAAUCAGUCACAUAUUUUAGAAAUUCCUUCUUGCAACCCUUGCUAAAAUCCUGCAAGGAUGAUAUAGAAAGCCGGUACAGUGAGAAAGUUCAACACGGAAAGAACUUGCUAAGCUGGUAGUGUUAUUAUAUUCAUAUAUAUCUUUAGAUAUAAUAUCAAUCAUCUCUUGUUCUUCUUACAAGUGUCCUUUGUAAGGUAUAUAAAACAUGACAGCUAUGUAUGUACUCUAAUAUGUAUGGUUGGGAAGAUUGUAAUAUGCACUCCAAUCAUUGUUCAGACAUUAAAGAAGUUGGUAGUGUAUCUGUUUAACUGUGUGAUUGCUUGCUUCUUUCAUUAAUGGACACAUCCACAUAUUUGGGAAAUAGCUGGUAUUUUCCUGCAUAUAAUAUUUUGUUUGUUUUUCCCUAUAAUUAUACUAUAUUAUAUGCAUUCGUUAGACUGGGUCUCAAAGGCUUGUGAUUUGUCAACUUCUUAUGGGCAAACACUAGCGCCGACUUCUGAAAGUUGUGACCCAUUGGAUAAUUAUGGGGUAGAUUCUAUGUUACCCUUAAGGUAUCAUACAUUUGUCCACAUAGACCAAUAAGAAUGAUGUAGUUGAAUUAUUUAAACCUAAAUUAAACAUAAUGUAAUGAUUUGAAUCAAUCAAGUGAGUGGUAGUAGGGUUGGACUCGGGUCCGGGCCGGGUCGGGUCCGGGUCGGGCCUAGGCCCGGGCGGGCCGGCGGGUCAGAAAUGGUGGACCCGGGACCGGCCCGGGUAACCACCGGGUCCGGUCCGGGGCCGGGUCGGGUCGGGUCGGGUCGGGUCGGGCCGGGCCCAUUAUAUGUAUAUUUUUUUUUUGUUUUCCUCUUCCUAAUUAACCCCCCUCCCACCCCCAACCCCCCAAACCACCCCAAAUGGCCCAAAAUACCCAGCCCAACCCGAAAAGUUAAAAAAAUUGAAAAAAAAAAAAAAAAAAAUUGGCCCGAACCGGGCCCGGGCCCCGCCGGGUCGGGCCUUGUUUUGGGUGACCCGAGCCCGGACCGGAAAAUCCACGGGCCGGGCCUACCCGGACCGGUCACUGACCGGGUCACCGGGUCGGGCCGGGCCGGAACAGUGCCGGUCCCGGGCCGGUUUCGGGUCGGGCCACCCGGCCCGAGUCCAUCCCUAAGGGCCUGUUUGGAUCGGGUGUUAAGGGGUGUUAGUAAUGGAAGUGUUAAGGAGUGUUUAGUCUAACGCUUGUUUGGGAGAAAAAUUUAAUUUUUUAAGGGUGUUAGUAAGUGUUUGAGAGUGUUACUCAUAACCUUCCUAACACCUAUAUUUACCAUUUUUUAAACACUCCAAUUUGGGGUGUAAUGAAGUGUUGGACAACUUUUGCCCUUAUUUCAAAAAUAUAAUUCAACGUUACACAAGUUCUCUGUCCAUUCUUCUUCCGCAGCAGAGAGAGUCGGUUCACCUCUUGCAGCUCAUCUUCCAACUUCUUCCAGCUCGUUUUCCAGAAUGGCUCCUAGAAGGAAAACUUUGGAUGACAACAGUUCAAGUGCAAGUAAAUCAACUAGCUCAUUAAUUUGGUCUAAGCUCAUGGAUGAUGCUCUUAUUGAUGCAUAUUUGAAUCAAGAUACUCUAGGCAACAGAGUGGGUGGAACUUUCACUACACACGCUUAUGAUAAUAUCCUUAAGGAACUAAAAGAAAAGUUUCCUGAUAAACCGAUUGACAAGGAUAAGAUUCAAAAUCGGAUGAAGAAUAUCAAAAGGAUUUGGUAUCCAUGUUACGACUUAUUCAAAUAUGGUGCUAGUGGCUUUGGUUGGAAUCCCGCGACGGAAAUGUUCACUGCUGAACCUGAAGUUUGGCAACGCUUGAUUGAGGUGAAACCAGAAGCUGCAGAAUGGAAAAAUAAGCAAAUGCGUAACUUUCACAAGUUAUGCUUGCUAUUUGCGAAAGAUAGAGCUGAUGGGAUUCAUGCGGAAACUGCAGCUGAAAUGAGAAAAAGAAAAAAUACUUUUAAUGAAGAGAGCGAAGUUUACACAUCAUUGGAUAAUAUUGAUGAUUUGGAUUCAAUACUUGAAAGUGAUGUUAAUGUGGAAAACCCUUUUACAUCUCAACAAAGUGGACAGAGAAAUACAGCUCAAGGGGUCCCUACUCAAAAUGAAGAAGAAAUUGUGCGGUCUCACUCAAUAUCUCAUGACAAGGCAUCCUCAAAGGGAAAAGCCAAGAAGAAGAAGGCUAAAGUUGAUGGAGAAGUUGUGCUUCUCAAAGAAGGACUUGAUAAUGUCGCUCAAGCUAUCACAACUUCAACAUCUGAAAUCGUUAAAGCGACCACUCUUCCAAUCUCAGAAAGUGAAGUUUGGAAUUUAUUAGUUGAUUUAAAUAUUGCUGCUGAGCAUCGUAAUGCAUGCUAUCUGUUUCUUGUUCAGAAGCCCGAUAUGCUGAGAGCUCUUCUUGGAUGUCCAGUUGAAAGCCAGAGCAGUCUUCUUUAUGACAUGAUGGCAUGAGCUAGCGAAUUGACGUUUUAUCAUUAUAUUUUUUAAUUUAACGUUCAAACAAUUUAUGCACUUUGAGACUAUAUUACUUUUGCUUGGUCUGGAACUGUUGUAUUGCUAUUUGAUGAUUUGGAACUAAUUUUGCUCAUAUUUUUUGGUCCCAUGUAUUACACAUUUUUCGAAUGGUCGUAAUUUAUAAUUGAAAUUGAGAGUCGUG